GCGAUUAACGACACAGUGCACAGGUCGGCAUGGUUGUUUUGGGAGUAUCAAUAUGGCGGAUGGCGACAACAGUUUUGGUGGCCAUUGAGCCACCCAGUCUUCUUUUUUUCGAUCAGUGGUCAGAAUCCUUGACGAUAGAAUAGAAAAGAUAAAGUUUCGCCACUUCCGGGAAACAGACGCUAACUUUCACAUUAAAAGAGCACGAGUGACGAAUGCUUUUGUGGUGAAGAGCUGGUGGUUCAAAUGUAGCUUGACGCAGCCGAGGUGGUCGCUCGGUAUGCUGCGCGUGCACGACGCGGGUAGGCGCGCGUGGACAGCAUCCGAGCACAGUGCAGAGUGCACGAGCCUUCACAACACUGGAUUAUUAUAAGCAAACACAGGGCUCCCCAGAAGAGGGCAGCGUGACACCAAACUCAUCUCCCAGUCCUCGGGCUGUGAGCGCCAUCAGGAUCACGCCUCUGUCAACCAUGAAAGGAUCCCCUGACCUGAUUCCUGCUGCAGGCCUGGACCCCAGUAGGGUGUGCAAGGGGAAAGGAGUAGUGACACUGAGAGCCACCCUUGUCCACGUAGAUGACGAAGGCGGCGGCAGCGCAGGAUCCAAUGUGGUCGCAAAACCAAGUGUCUGCUCAAGUCAGAUGAAUGGAGGCUUGGCUGAGGGCAUCGAUAACAUCACACCUGCUUUCCCUUCUGCAAAUUCCAGAGAAAGCAUAAAAGAAAAUCAGGCUCCAGCUAUAUGCGACAACAACAAUUGUUUCCCAUCAACCCCCAGCGCCAUCUAUCCGUCCACUACCGCUGUUAAUCCCACAAUAGUUCUGCUGCAACACAACAGAGAGCAGAAAAAGCAUCUUUCCCAUUUGGAAGACCCCACCCCGGAAAGAGACAAAUGUCCUGAUUCUGAGAGAGACUUGGUCACUUCAGUUGCAGACAUGGAUGGCAAAAGGCUGCGACUGUCGCCCCACUCCCCCGUCCUCAGUCCGCUCAACAAGCCUAUUGUGCCAGUGCGGAACACUGAAAAGUCCAAAGACUGGUACAAGACAAUGUUCAAGCAGAUUCACAGAAUACCAGAGCCUAAUGAGGAAAAUCCUUAUCGGCCCACCUACAUGUUUCCUGAAAACUAUGACAUUCACAUGAAAUCAAAAGAGAAUGGCCCAAAUCCUUUUGGCUACUUGGAAGAUGGUGUGUUGCGGUCUCAAAGUGAUGCAGAUGUUGGUUCAAGAUCAAGUUCAAUGCCAGUGCCGACACGAUCCUCAUCACUCAAGCCCUACUCUAAGAGAAAUGAGUGGGAGCCCCCGGAUAAAAAGGUAGACACCAGGAAGUACCGUGCCGAGCCUAAGAGCAUCUUUGAGUAUGAGCCGGGGAAAUCAUCGGUGCUGAAGCUGGAGAGAACGACUCAGGAUGUAUGUCCGGAAGAUGUAGAUUUAGAGAAUGAGCCGUGGUAUAAAUUCUUUUCAGAGAUGGAGUUUGACAAAGCGAGUGCCCCCUCCUUCAGCCCCCUGGAAACAGCCUCUGACCUGAAGAACUAUUCCUCAAGCAAGUCCGGACACAGUGAGGUGGAGAAAGAUGGAGGCUCAUCAGAAAAUGAGCCUGUGGCUCCAGACUGUGACCGUCAUGUUUACAAGACCGUUCUGGAAGGUGGUGACAUUCCCUUGCAAGGCUUACGAGCCUUAAACAAGCGGCAUGGCAGCUCAUCCUCCUCUAAAGUGGAUUAUAAAGGUGGGAAUGGCUGUAUAGAUUCACCCUGCUCCUCUAAAAAUAGUCAAUCAGUUCUUGCCAGUAAUGCAAUAGCUAACCAAUGCAAGCAUAAGAAGCCUCUUUCUGCAGCCAAAGCCUGUAUACCCCAAAUCCUGCCCUCCAAGUUCAAGCCCAAGUUGCUGCCUCCUGGUGGUGACGUCCAGGAAAGCAGCACACUUCCUGUAAGGAAACUGAAGGCGCACAGCUGUGAGGAUCUGUACUCGAGUGCAUGUGAUCGUGACAAAGCUGGGACAGAGGUGAGGGAGAGGGACCAAUGUUCAGACUCCUGUGCAGAUGGCCUCAAACACGUUUCCCCUGGAGUCAAGAGGAGCACGACAGGGUUUUCUAGCCUGUACAGGAUCAUGCAUCACAUCCACCGGCCCAGAUCUGUGGGCUCCAGCCCACAAGGCAGCGUCCGCAGCCUGGCUUAUCUCUUUGAAGGGGCAAACGAGAACGGGAGUGAAAAGUCAGAGGUUGACGAUGGGGGUAACAUAUCACGGGACACUGUUUUGUCACGGGUCACUGAGUUUGAAAUGUUCAUUCAACAGUCCAGUUUAACACCCAGUCGUUCGUCCUCGUUGCCCACACUGAGCUCCAACUAUAGCCAUACCCAAGAACACUGUGUCCCCCUCUACAUGCCCUCCGCGGUGUCAGCCGAGAGCCUUUUGGGUGUAGACAACUCUCAGACGGAUAUCUGUUCCCCUGUGGAGGCAGGUGGAAAUCCCUUGUCACGAGGCAGUCAAACCGUGGAGGAAGUAGUCUCUCCCACAGAAGAUGGAGGCCAGGUCAGGGCUGAGUUGACCUCUUCCAUGGAUCCUGAGGUUGUACAGAUCUUCAAGAAGAGCUCCAUUGAACAGACCCACUCUGCUCUCAGUGUAACAAAGAAUCCCUCCAGCCUGCCUCCAGUGUCUUUCCCACUGCACCACCACCACCUGCACCAUCUGAAUCACCAUCACUUCCCCCUUAAGCCCACCAAAUGCAAAGGCUCCUGCCCAGCUUCCUACACCCGCUUCACUACGAUUCUUAGGCAUGAGAGACAACAGGCCACAGCCCAGCAAGAGAAACCACCACCAGCAGAGAAGAAGACCAUGCUGCCAGGGAAUCUCUUGCUCAUGGGCCCUGCCCCUUUCAGGUUACGAAAGAGCCUCCACUUCCAGCAGCCUCGGAGGACGCUUUCAGCCACUAAAGUGGUAACAGGCUUUCAGAGACCCCACAGCACAUUUCCUGAACCCAGACCUCUCAUACCUCAGCGUCUUUCGUCACUGGAGGUCUUGGAGAGGCUCAGUAACGGGGAAGGAGACAACUGUGAGCAGCUGAGUCAUGCACAGGGCUUGGAUGCCAACGGGAACCUUCUGCAGCCGCUGGCAGCUCACCACAGAGAUUCAUCCCCAGCACACGGAGAGAGCCAGGAUGAGGUGCUGAGGAGGCGUCAUGGCGACAAAGAGAAAAUGUUGGAGGAACAGCGGCGGCUCAAGCGGGAACAGGAAGAGGCUGAUAUAGCAUCGAGGCGUCACACUGGCAUUGUCCCAACACAUCACCAGUUCAUCACCAAUGAGCGCUUUGGAGACCUGCUCAACAUCACAGAUAACACAGAGAAACGGAAAUCGGGUACUGAGAGAACUCCAGCUAUGGCACGCUUCGACUUCAGAGCAGAAACUCUAAAGGAAUUACCAUUUCAGAAGGGAGACAUUGUGUACAUCAUUAGACAAGUGGAUCAGAACUGGUAUGAAGGCGAGCAUCAUGGAAGAGUUGGGAUUUUCCCUCGAAGCUAUGUUGAGCUCCUGCCCCCCACAGAGAAAGCACAGCCUAAGAAAAGUGUCCCAGUCCAGGUGUUGGAAUACGGAGAUGCUAUAGCCCGCUUUAACUUCACAGGGGACACGGUGGUGGAGAUGUCUUUCAGAAAGGGAGAAAGGAUCACGCUGAUUCGGAGAGUGGAUGAGAAUUGGUAUGAAGGCAAAAUCGCAGGCACAAACCGCCAAGGCAUCUUCCCCGUCACCUACGUCGAAGUGCACAAACGGCCGCGUGUCAAGAACGGCCUGGAUUACCCAGACCCUCCUCUCUGCUCCUCGCCACAACGCAGCACCAAUGCCUCCCCUCAGUUGUAUCGUAAUCGCCUGACCACCUCGCCCCUGCCCCUCCCUCGCUCCCCCUGCCGCUCCGUGUCCCCUGAGGUCCACGCUGUCUCCUCUGAGUGGAUCUCUCUGACCGUUGGAGGUGGAAGCCCACCUGCCGCCCCGACGCCCCCCUUGCCUCCUCUGCCUACUGUGUCUUACCGCUGCGGCGAGUACCUGCCCCCACCUUUUUCUGCCAGCCCUGUGCCUCCCAUCACCGGCAGUCCUUACUGCAUCUCCCCCAUGACUUCGCCAUCUGCCUCCCCUCUGCCACCGCCGUACCCACCGAGGCCCAACUCCGCCACUCCUUUCCUCACUUUUACUCCUCCUCAGGGGGAGGGGUUUCUGCUCUUCCCACCCUCAUCACAUCUGUCACGUAGCAUGAGCCCCUGUGGUGGGCCAGUGUUGGAAGGCUGGCUUAGGGCAGAGGGUGAAGGUGCUGAGGGGAAAGGGGGCAGUAGCUGUACUGCCCAGGGGAACAGACAAAAUAGCCCUGCAGAGCUUGUACGGAAUGACGUUGAUCAUCACGGCCGGAACUCCAGAAGCCCCGUGAUGCUGUUUGAUAUCCAAGAUAACAACAACGUGAACUCAUUUGCACAACCCCUGUCCCACAGCUGCAGCCCAGAGCCAAGCCGUCUCAACUGUGGAAUUUUCCAAGCUCUGUACAGUUACGCACCAGAGAACGAAGACGAGCUGGAGCUGCAGGAGGGAGAUCUCAUCAGCGUCAUGGAGAAGUGUGAUGAUGGCUGGUUUGUUGGUACCUCAAAGAGGACAAAUCAGUUUGGUACUUUCCCUGGGAAUUACGUAAAGGAGGUGAAUCCGUAACGUGAAUGAACCUCAGCACACUUGCGUGUCAAACGAUGGACAUCAGGCAUGGCCGAGUAGUCGUUUAGUC